AUGCAGACGAUAAAUGAUGUUCUUUAUGGAAUAUUAUGGUGUGGGCUAACAAGAUAUCUUAAUGUUCGACAUCCAUCUGCUAUGAAGGAUGGCGUUCAAAUAACUGGCCUAUGCCCAAUUAACUUGAGAGAACAAUCUGGAGUUCAGGAUGUGUCUACAAUGGUAUCAGGGAAUUCAGGGUCACUGUGGGGCAACAAAUUUGCCAUGGUCUUAUUACCCGUUACCUACUUCAAACGUGACAUGAAUGCUCUAGCCUUCACUGCUCGAGCUAAGGCCGUAAUGGAUCAGAAAAAACUAUCAAUGGAAGCUCGUUUAUGCUACGAUGUAGGAAACCUUGUAUUCAAAUUAUUUGGUUCCAAGGUUGGAGGUGACCUAUAUUACAAUCUCUUCUCUAAUACAAGCUUCCUUAUGUCCAAUAUUGCUGGUCCUCAAGAGGAGAUUUCGAUUGCUGGGAACCCUAUAUCUUUUAUAAGAGUUACGGCUUCUGCUCAACCUCAUGCAAUGACAUUGCAUAUGGUAAGCUACAUGGGGAAGGCAGAAUUACAAAUCCAAGUAGCCAAAGAAGUGAUACAUGACCCUGAAUUUCUUGCAACCUGCUUUGAAGAUGCAUUACUUGAGAUGAAGGAAGCUGCAACUGCAUCUCUUACCAAUUAGUCUAUUCCCCACCAUUUUCAUUCGAUUUAGGGUUAUUUCUUUAAUUAAGGUGUUUUUUUUCCCUUCAUGUUCUCUUCAUUAUAGUAUACUAUGAGCCGAUACGUCCGUGAACAG